AUGGAGACCGCCGCUGGUGCCGUCGGCGCCGCUGAGAAGGCGCAGGCUUUCGCCCACCGCCUCGUGGAGUUCGCCGACUACGACAAGUGCGUCAAGUACUUUACUGAGCGGCAAAUCGACUUCGAUCGCGCCAACGACAUGGGCUGGAGCGUCCUCAUGAGCGUCUGCGCCUGUGGCCGUGACGAUCUCGUGGGCUUCGUUGUAGACCGCACUACUGCAGUAAACUGCGCCACGAACACCAACCGGACGACUGUGCUGCACCUCACUGCCAUGUCCAAGAACACUCGCGUGAUGGAGGAGCUGGUCGCGACUGCUGAUCGGAAGCAGAAGCUGCAGCAAGUCAUUGAUCAGCCAAACGCUCACGGAGACACAGCGCUCAUGAUGGCUUGUGUGGCAAAGAAUGUGACGGCGGUGCGGGUUCUCCUCGAUCUGGGUGCAAGAAUGGAUGCAGUAAAUGCGAGCGGACUGAACACUCUCAUGUGCGCUGCUCGUGUCGGCGAAGACCCACGACCUGGUGCUCCUAGUAUUGAUGAAAUGAUGGAGCGAAGCGCUGUUAUUGUGGAGGUUUUGCUUGCGAACGGAGCGGAUGUGAAUGCCACAGAGAAGGCAGGAGGCAACACAGCGCUGCAUCUGGCCGUGCUCAGCGAGAAUCCUGACGCAGUGGAGUCGCUGAUCAAAAAUGCGCCGAACCUUGAUGUCACGUUGCGGAAUAAAGCUGACAAGACGGCACUGGACUUGAGUAAGCAAAUAUCUGGAGUGGCAUCGGCGCAGAUGGAGGAUUUACUGAAAAACAAGUGGGUUCAGUAUGAGGAAGAGGCUGCACAAAAGAGCGCCCAGUUGGAGAAAGAACUGAUGGAUCUGGCAUUAAAGGAAGAUGAGAAUGUAUCGAACCGGAAGCAGAUGGCUACAGCUUCUAAAACCUCCAGAAAGAAGAACAAAAAGACCAAGAAGAAAGCCAAGACGUUAGAGAAGGUGUCCGAGCCAACAUCAACAAUCGACGAGAGUGUUGAAGCCAACGAGGACAUUGUAUUUGACAGCAGUAUAUCACCGGAUUCUGGACAUUUGAAAGCAGAAGUUCAAGACUUUGUUCUCUCUGGAGCGGACCAAGUAGUGUCCAACAACUUUGAUGAUGGUUUUGACGAUGACAAAGGCGACUGGCACAGCGUUGGAUCUAAGAAAACGCAUCGCAAGGAACCAGUCAGUGAAAACACAAAAGCUGCACCCAAGAAAAACACCAAAAAGCCUCAACGCAAGCCUAUUAGCAAGACUAAAAGGGAUUUUCAAACAACUAAGACAGACUCCGCUCCACGACAAGCUUCGCAGGAGGCACAGUCUGAACUUUCGAAAGCCGCCCCACCGACUCCAGUAAACAAAGCGCCGUGGGGUCCUCAACCUGCUUCGGGAUCAACGAAGCCAACCGUGGUAGUGUCUCCGCGAUCCCAGGUGACAUCAGAAGACGAUGAUGAGUCUACCACAUCGGGCAUUCCCUACGACGUGCUGAAUGGGAGUUUCCAUCGUACGUUCCCCGUAGCAGCCGAGUUAGAAAUUGACGUGGAGAAGUUUCUCAUCGCGUCAUCGACGAGCGACCGUGAACUUGAGCCCAACGGAAGCUUGAGUAUCUCUCAGGUUGAAGCCUUACAGGAGGCACAUUGGCAGGCGUAUCAUUAUCUCAACGAGAAGAAGAUCGAAUUGACACGAGUGCUCGAAGCCCAACGCGUUGAAGCUCAGUUCACCUUACAGCACGAGCUGAUGCAAAUGAAGUAAGCUCACCGCCUGCGUCAACGUGUUGAUAAGAAUGCUAGGCUUAGCCAAGCUCCAACGUCUUGCUGAACUCGGCUUCUGUAAAUGAAAGCAUCUUUGCUGCCUGCAAAUACCAGCGGAAUAGAAGUUGUCAAAUACCAUUAACUACAGACCUCGUGAUAUACAUACCUCCAUAUGAACUCGUUGGCGUUUGAGCAGAUCAAUGAGCUUCAUUUGUUUCUUAAAAGCGGCUAAAAGUUCUCCCUAGAUGCACAA